AUGUUGCAAAGUCAACAUCCCUUAUACAAUAACAAAUUAUCAGUAACAAUGAGUAUCGACACGCUCCAUAACACAUCUCUUCAUAUCGGUGACGUAAUAUCACUGUAUGCCGAAGAUCAUUACCGAUCAGUGGAGGAUCGUUGGGAGGAACGUUUGUCUCCCAGAACUGGAUUUUUAUCAACACUUGGUCUUGUUGAUGACAGAUGUAUUGUGGAGGUUGGUAAUGGUACUCCUGAUUCACCGCCAAAGAAAUUCCGAGAUUGUUUGUUUCGAAUUUGCCCGAUUAAUCGAUAUGCAGCACAAAAGCAAUUUUGGACGGAACAAAAAAAAUUUCAAGUUGGUGAAUCACUUUUUGAAGAAGAUAUGCUAAAAAAGCUGAAGCAUGCUGCAGAUAAAGAAAAAGAACAAAACGAUAUGGAAUAUAAAAAAAUGCUUGGUGUAAAUGUGCAAUACGGUGGUACAAUACAGUUGUUGCAUGUUAAAUCAGAUAAAUAUCUAACAGUACUGAAAAAUUCACCGGCUAAAUUGGAACGGAAUGCGAUGAAAGUAUAUUUGGAUAAAAAUGGCAAUGAAGGAUCGUGGUUUCAUGUUGAACCCGUUUAUAAACAUUCCUUCCUUGGUGAUAAUGUAAAUGCCGGGGAUAGGAUUAGCCUGGUGCCUUAUUCAUAUUGUCCAACUUCGAGCACAACGGGACAUAUUAAACCUCAAUUGCAUUUAUCACAUAUCAGUUUACCAGAUUAUCCAAUUGGAUUUGAAGUAAAUUGUUCAAGCGAUCAUACCGAAUGGCAGGUUUUGAUGUUCUUACAGUUUGACGAGAACCAAGCAAAUAUUGUAAAAUCUGGAGACGUCGUACGACUUUUUCAUGCCGAGCAGCAAACAUUCUUAACCUUAGACACAAUACCGAAAACAGAUAAGGAUGCUGUAUUUUUGCGUUUAACAAAUCGUCCAUCUGCCGCUGAUGCGACUUCUUCACGAGCUUUAUGGGAAAUUCAGGUUGUGCAAGUGGAUUCAUAUCGUGGUGCAGCAGCAUCUUGGCUCAAAGAAUUUCGCUUCAAACAUUUAGCCACUGAUAUGUAUCUAACCGUAGAACGAAUGCAACUAAAUAAGGCUGAAAAUGUACCAACUGGAACAAUACCAUUUUCUUCCGGUAUAAUAUUAUGA